AUGUCUUCGCCCAUCUCCAUCCCUCCUUCCCCUCGCUCAUCGUCGGUCCAAUCCGCACUUACCGACGCCAUUUCCACUCCCGUGUCCAGCUCCAUCGCUUCGAGCUCGCACACCCACGUCCACGUUAACGCUAAGGCGGGACCAUCCAAUUCUAGUCGGAGCGGCAGCGGCAGCGGUAGCGGCUCUAGGCCACCGUCGACUCGUCGAGCUACCCAGACUCCGCCUUCUAUCAAGAAAGACUGGGCACCUAUCACGCGUGUGUCGGGCUCGGGAGCGGCUGUGGUGUCUGUAGCUGGGAAAGUGGGGACAGGGGAGCAAAGCGAGAUUUCUAAACGGGGAGAAGGGGUCGAACGGGGAUUAUCAGAAUUGAUCAUCAGAUCGGAUCGGACACCGGACAAGAAGCUAUCCACUCUGAGCACACGAACGAGCGCCAGUCGGAUGGCACGCAGAUCUAGCUCGGAGCGGAGAGAGGCGGAGGAAGUGGGAUCACCAACGGGGAAGAAAGGCUGGGGGAUCAGUUUGGUCAGUGGGGCGGUGAAUGCUGGGGUCUACGGCGCGGCCUUAGGAGUCACCGCCUACAAGCUUUGGACGCAGUCAUCGACGCAGACUUUUGAUCCGAGCAUCCCUUCAUCAAAGUCUGCGCCUGCAAAUCUCGCCAGUAAUAAUGACAACGAGAGCGAGGAGGAUGAAGCUGGACCAAGCACAUCGCCAGCCCGAAUCAGCCCCGCGCUGCCUGCUGCUCCCCUUACAAGCGAGAUUGCGCCGCCCCCAGCGUAUAGGGAGAGGGAUCAUGCAGAUAACCUGGAAUGGUCAGAUGAGCUGGACGACGAGGAUCUCAUCACGCCAAAUACGUCUCGUACACCUACAGUCCGGAUAUCAAGCCAUCAACACCCUCUCCUCCACAAUACUCCCAGCCGAUCUGCAGGCAAGAAGCGGCGCCCUCGAAUACCGUCCGGCGGGCUUCCAAAACGCAGUACUCUCGGACUUGGGGGAAUGACGCCCCCGCUCGUCCGGCCCACAACACCGCCUUCGGACGAUAACGCGUCCAAUCCCAUCCCGAUCGGCGAAGAAGCAGUCGCGACGGUCGUGGAGGGUCAAGAGGAGAUCUUGGAUCGGCUGGACGGGAUGACCCUCCGGAUCCAGCGGCUGAUUCUGGAGGGUCAGGCGGCGCUGAUUCGGAAGCCGGAGGACAUGGAUGGGGGGCGGCAUGCACGGGGUAAUGCGAGUGGGAGCUGGAGUAGGAGAGGAAGAGGGGGGAGUCCGAGACCGACGAGGGAGGGUCCGGUAGCGGGUCAGGGGAAGGUGAUUAGGAGUAGGAGGAGUCUGCCUGUUGUGGAAGUUACGAUGGGUCAGUAG